GUCCUCCUGUCUCGUUUGAGAUAUGAUGGACCUGAGUCAAUUUGUCGUAAUUUAGAAUCUAUUUCAAUUAAUGAUAAGUAUAUUAAUUGUCGGAGGGUGUUUAUUAUGUGAAACUGUCGAUUAGUUUUUAAGAAAUGCUCCAUUUGUCAAUGUUGAAAAGAUGACUGAAGUGUUAUUGUGUCAGCCAUAUUUUACGAUUUAUAUCACUUUAAAAUGAUUACAUUGUUUGUUUUAUUUAACGGUGGGUACUAAUGGUCUGAGUAAAUAAGUAUGUUUACCUGUGGUUCCAUUCUGAUCUUUGCUGCUGGAUUUAUUUCAUCUAACGGUCACCCAAUUGACCCUAGAGUUAUCCUACCAGUGAGUAAUGGGUUUGGAAUUACGAUUAUCGGUGCAGCUUUGCUUAUUUCCACUGUUAUUGCACUUAUAGCCUGCACCUGCUGCAAACAACGUAGAGAUGGCUUCAAGGAAUUCAGAAAUCCUACAGCCGGCGGCCAUAUCGGCUUCACAAACACAUUAUCGGAACUUGCAAUAUUUCCUCCCCCCGUGACUGUGCAGCAGCAGCAUUCUCCCUCUGAUGAUGGACCUGCUCAAGCCAACGUGCACCCUCCUUCGAGGCCUGCUGCAUUCUCCUGCGUAAUACCCUCAGUCACCGAUUGGUUUGUUGACCGCAAUGGAAACUUUCCUCGACAACAGCUGUUUUAUCAGAAAGAGAUUGGUAAAGGAUGGUUUGGAAAGGUCGUAAAAGGUGAGGCGAGAGGAGCUAAAGUUGUCGUUCGAAUAUUAAGAGAAGAUGCCACACCUGAGGAGAAGGGGUACUUCCUCCACGAAGCAAAACCUUUUCGUGACUUAAAGCAUAAGAACAUUAGCCGAUUAUAUGGGCGGUGUCUAGAGCAUGAUCCGUUCCUUUUACUGUUCGAGUACUGCACAAAUGGUGAUUUAAAAAGCUUUUUGGUGACUAAUAGUGGCAGUAGAAAUGCAAUUACUGAACAGAAAAUCUCAUUGAAGAUGAUGAUCGAUGUUACGGAAGGACUGAAGUUUAUGAAUGAACAUGGUUUUAUUCACACGGAUCUUGCGGCUAGGAAUUGUUUGGUUGCUUCAGAUUUGACUGUCAAAAUAGGAGACUACGGAACUAGUGUUGAUAAGUAUCAGAAUGAGUAUUACAUUGUGGGUGAUGUUGCAGUCCCUAUCCGUUGGUGUGCUCCGGAAUCUCUCACCUGUACUCAAACAACGAUAGAAACUAAAGAGGUCACAGAAGGAGGUAAUGUCUGGUCAUUGGCAGUUCUACUUUGGGAAAUAGCAGAAUUCGGCAAGUUGCCAUACCAGGACUUGACUGAUGAUGAGGUUAUUACACGAGUCUUGGUCCAGGGCUCAGCUCGAUUGCUUCCGCCCAACUGCUCCUUUGGCCAUUAUUUGCAUAAUGUAAUGACUCUUUGUUGGAGAAUGGAAAACAGAGCAAACAUUGAACAAAUCUUAAUGAUGCUUAUGUAUCUCAAAAAUAAUCCAUUUCAAGAGUCUGAUUUUGAAUCUCGCUGGAGGGCACUCAAGCCUAAUACUGUUGUGGUAGUUGAUAAUCAUACACCUAUCCAUUCGCCAAGGCAUACGGAAUUGGCUCAGAGGCCUCACCUUACUACCAAGCUCGAAUUUGACUCUGGGGUCGAUUUGGAAAUCAAACCCACCGAUGAGAAUCCGGAUUCAUGUAGGACUAGUACGCCAAACACAGUAUCCCCUCAGCUUUCUGUAGCAAGUGAAGAUAUUUUCCAUCCUGUUCAGCACAAGUCACCUAGUAUGACCAACCUGAAAGGUUCCCUCGAGGACGUAGCCCAGUUCGAUUCUUGGCUUAUGGGAGUUGAGCAGAAAACGGAGGAAGACCGUAACUUUGUUAAAAACAUAUCAGAAGCGAUUAAGAACUUGGAUGAAACAUUGGCCUUAGAGAAGACUUCUUCUUCUUCCCAGGACUCGAGUAUGGAGGGUUCUAAAAAACCUUUGCUUGACUUCAAACUAGGUCCUACGGGAAAUGAAAAAAAAGGUGAUUCAUCAAGUUCCGACACUGAAGAAGAGACUUGGAGGAACAGGAUAGAAAGAGGAGAAUUCACUGAGAAGGUGAAGGAGAAAUCUAAAUCAGUUACUGACCUGAUGGUAUUGACUCACAUCGACAGUGAAGGCAGUGAAUCAGAUUCAUUGCCCAGUCUUACGAGACAAUAUUCUGUGAAGAAAACCACUGUCAAAGGUGUUUCCUACACAGGAAUUGGCUUCGGGAGCGAAGGUAACAUAAGGAAUGCUGUCCUCAGUGAGGAACUACAGGACAAGCUGAAACAAUUGACGACUUGGAAAAAUGAAACUCAGUCUUUUUUAGUGAAAGGAGCCUCGGAAAAGAAUAACAAAAAUUUAUUAUUUAUGGCUGCUAAGGAGGCUUCAGCGCCUAUUUCGGUGGGUGAUGAAGAUCCCUCAGCAGCUAUUAGCAGUGCUGCCACAAUUACUGCUGGUGCUGAAGACAUAGCGUGUUCACAAACUGCACCCUUCAACAAUGAUGGCACCCCUAUGUCAUCAGAUGUGACUGUUAUUUCUAGUUCUCAUUCAGAAGAAAAUUCCAUUGUAAAUAUGAAGGCCAAGAAUGUAAAUAAAGAAUCUGUGAUGAAAGAAGAGAUGAAUGUAAAUAGCGAUUGUAUAAAAGGUAAUUUGGUCGAUAAUGAAAAUACUGUAAUAUCUAACAUAAAGAUCUCUGAGAGUGUAGGUACUGAAGAUCGUCGUGAGUUGGUUGUAGAUAGUAAACAAUCGGCUUCUAGUCAUUCUAACAUGGACUCUGUUCCUGAAAUUGUUAUUACUGAAUCAGAGUCGUCCCAAGUUCUCGAUGAACUCGAACCCUCUGUAGAUAUGCAAUAUGUAGUCGAUAUUAAGCCGAGAAAAUUUGUUUUUGUUUGUAAGGAUGCAGACUUGCUUUCAGAUAGUAGUGACGAUGAAGAAGAUUCAAAGCAAGAUUUUCAAGUUAUUGAACCGCAACAAGAAAAAGGAUCUUGCUCUGUUAUUUUAGGAUCCUGUGAAGAACAUACGUUAGAUUAUUUUAAAGGCCUUAAAACUACAUUUACGCCUAAUGUUUCUUAUGUUGAUAAUGCCCCUCAGAGGGAAGGUAGCUUUGAUCUUGAUGAACAUUGUGUUAAAGAAGAAAGUAAUAUUGUCGAAAAGCAUCCUGAAGUUAAAAAGUUACCUGAAGUUUCCAUAGUGACGUUUAGCGACCAGUCUGUUAACAAUUCGUCAGAAGAUUCUAAGCUCCAUUUUGAUGAAGAACAUAUCAGUAAUAAGACUACAAGAGGCAAUAUAUCUAGUAUUGAAGAUGGAGAGAAGGGAGAAGAUAUUUCUAAAAAUAUUGGGAUGAACUUUAGUGGUUUUAAUGAAUCUUUCUUACAUAUCAUUGAUUCUUUUAUAGAUAAUGAAAGGGCAUAUACUGCGCUGUCAAUUGUACCUGAUAAAGAGUUAUCUUCGGGCAUAUCAGUCAACUCAAAAAAAGUAGCAUCCGCCGAAGAGACAGUUGAAAAAAACACAAUUUCCAACCCAAUAGUUAAUACUCCAAUAGAUGAAAAUAAACUUUCUAAUAUUUCUAGCCCUAUCAUUACAGAAAAUCCUUUUAUUACAGAAAAAUCUUCUGAAGAACAUUUAGAUGAUGAUAAAAUUGGUGAAAACAAGCUUUCCAAACUGACAGAUCUUAAUAGUUCUUUCAAAAUAGAAAAUCUGUCUUCAUUCGAAAAUUUAGUGGAAACUCCAACAAGUAGAAACAUGAUUUCUGAACAUACUGAUAUUACUAGCUCUGCAAAAAAACUAAAUUCUUUUACAUCAGGAACCCCAUCUGAAGAAUCUUUAGUAGAAUCUCCCCUAGAAGAAAAUUUGUUUUUCGAUCUUAAAGGUCUUAGUAAUCCUUUCAAAAUGGAAGAAAGCCACUUAUCAUCUGACAAUUUAUUAGAAACUCCAACGAUUGGAAACACUUUUUCCAAACAAAUAGAUCUUUUAUUUAACUCUGACCAAAUAGGUAAUCCUUCUACACCAAGAGCCUCUUCUAAACAAGAUUUAGUAGAUGUUACAUUAAAUGAAAAUGUAUUCGCUAAUCAGGUAGGUCUUAAUAGUCCUUUCAAAAUGGAAAAUCUAUUGUCAUCUGAAAAUUUAGUGGAAACUCCAUCAGGUGGAAACAUGAUUUCUAACCAUACAGAUCUUAAUAGCCCCUUCGAAGGACAAAAUCCUUUUACAUCAGGUUCAUCUUCUGAGAAAAGUAUGGUAGAUGUUACGUUUAACGAAAAUAUGUCCUCCAAACAAGUAAAUCUUGAUAGUCCUCUAAAAGUGAAUAUCCCAUUUUCAUCCAAACAUCCAAAUUUUACAGUCCACAGCGAAAUAGGAAAUCCUAUUAUUUCAAAAAACACUUCUGGAGAUUUGAAAGAUAUUAAAAUGAAUGAAAAAUCAUUUUCCAAACUAGUAGAUCUUGACAGUAUUAAAAUGGAAAGCCCUGUUUCAUCAGGAAAUUCAUUCGAACAUUUAGUUCAAGUUGCAGAUGGUGAAAACAAGUUUUCUAAAAUGGUUGAACUUUCAAGCCCAUGCAAAAUUGAAACUACGUUUUCUUCGGGUACCUCGUCUGAUGAAUAUUUUACAGAUGCUUCAAUAGACAAAAACUUGUUUUUCAAACAAGUAGAUCUUGAUAGUCCUCCCCAAAUGGAAAGCUCUGUUUUGUCAGGAAGCUCAUCCGAAGAACAUUUAGUUGAAAUUCCAGAAGAUGAAAACAAGUCAUCUAAUAAGGUUGAACCUCCAAGCCCUUACAAAAUUGAAACUACGUUUUCUUUGAGGAUGUCACCUGAAAAACAUUUAAUAGAUGCUUCAAUAAACAAAAACUCAUUUUUCAAACAAGUAGAUGUUGAUAGUCCUUCCCAAAUGGAAAGCCCUGUUAUCUCUUCCGAAGAACAUUUAGUUGAAAUUCCAGUCGAUGAAAACCUUUCUAAACAGGUUGAACUUUCAAGCCCUUGCAAAAUUGAAACUUCGUUUUCUUCAGGAACUUCAUCUGUAGAACAUUUAGUAGAUACUACAUUAAACAAAAAUGUAUUUCUUAAACAGGAAGAUAUUGAUAGUACUAAAAUGGAAAGCUCUAUUUCAUCAGGAAACAUAUCCGAAGAACAUUUAGUUGAAGUUCCUAUUGAUGAAAAAAAGUUUUCUAAAAAGGUCGUACUUUCAAGCCCUCGGACAAUUGGAACUUCUUCAUCUGAAGAACAUUUUGUUGAAGCUCCAUUCCCAUUCAAUCAACCUGAGCCGGUAGAUGUUCACUCGAACAUAACAAAUGUCAAAGCAAAAUCUUUGGAUUCUUUCUUAUCACCGAAGAACGGUUACGAACACUUUGUUACCCUACGUAAUGGUUUGUAUGUGGAAGACGAUAGUCAUAUAACUAAUUUUAUUCCUGUGUUUAACAUGACUGAAUCGGUUUCUGAAAAUGCUUUUAUGAGUCAAAAUCUUUAUUAUGAUCCUUAUUUCUCUGUAGAUUCAGGACACAGCUCUGAUCGUUGUAUUGAGCAGGAUAAAAAAAUGAAUGACUUGAAAAACAGGCUUGAGGAUGUCGUUAAAUCGGGUAGUGAUUUUCAACUUAAGAAUUCUGAAGAAGAAUAUGGUGGUAAAAUCCUCACGCCAGAUGAUGAGAGGAGUUCAGAUUCAGGUUUCAGGGACAAAGGGAGUUUGAGUGAAAGUGUUGAGGACACAUGCGACGAAAAGUAUAAUUUAGAAGACAUCGAUGCUGAGCUUGAUGAGUUUACAUUAAAAAAUAUUGACAUAAAGGAAGAUCUCAAAUAUUAUGAGCAGCUUGUUGAGCCUGACCAAGAAAUUACUUCUGGAUGGUUUCUUCAUGUCAGACCUGAGUCGACUACUGUUGAUUCAAAGGAUAGUGGUUGGCUGUCGCAAUCCACUGAAGAUGAAGAAAGAUUACCAUUGACCAUUGAUGCUGAGUUUGCUGCGGCUAUUAGAAAUGAAUUAAAAGAGAAAUUACCUUGUGCGCAGCAAGUAGAAAAAACUGAAGAGGAUGCUUCGCCUGAGCAGGAACCUGCCACAGAUAAAUUUACUUAUCCAUCACAACUCUCUCCGAUAUUGGAAGAACAGGAAUCCAAUCAGUCUUCUUUACAGCUCAAUGAUUGCAGUCCUGUGUUCGUUCUACCGCUUCCAGAAAUCAAAACUGAUACGUUUAAAGAAGACAUCGUAAAAGCUUUUGAGAGUUUAGAAUCUUCAAAAAAUGGUAUAAUAAUGGAGGAUUUAGAAGAUGGAAAUGGACUAAUGGUAUUCAGUGACGAUAGAAUUAUUGUAGAUGAUGAUGUUUUAAUUGUUGAUACCGAGACUAAUGAGGCAACAUUAAUUGAAAGCCCUAAACCUCAGUCCCAUUUGGCUUUUAUUUUGACCAAGAAAGAACCAGAAUCUUUUAUUGAUAAUGAUUCACCAGAAGUUAAUUCAGAUGUGUAUGUUUUAACUCCUGAUAAUGCUCCUUUGACUCCUAAUUCUGUUAAUACAGAUUCUCAUUCCUCUCCUGAAAAUGCAAACAUGUCUGGUUUGUUCCUCUCACCUUGUUCUAUUAGAUCUGAUCUGUUUGAUUCUGGUCCUCCAAGUUUGCCUUUUGAUCUAGGGCAAUCUUUGGAAGAAGUUGAAGAUAUCCCUGCUUGCGAAGAAACUGUAAUUGAAAACUUCACUCCAGAAAUCUGUAAUGGCAAUGCUUCAGAUCAUAUUAUUGACAACGAUAUAAGUAUUUUGAAGGGAAAUGAAGCAGAAGUUAUUGAUAAUAAAAAAGUUGAUGUAAUACAAGUGGAACUAACAAAAGAUUCAACAAAUAACCUUCUUGAGCCAUUAAGUACAUUACAAGAACAUGAGGAAAAUAAUAAGAAAUCAUAUAGUAUUGAAGUUAAUCUUGAUCCGUUGUGCCCAGCAAAUUCUAAUUUAAAAAGAUCUCUUGCUGAUGAAAAAGUCCCGAAACAUUUGAGAGCAGAAGAAGAAAUUGACAGAUUACUGUCUCGUUCUAAUAAAGAAAAUGAAAUUGAAAAUACUAAUCAUUUAAACUCCAACAGCGCAUUGAGGAAUGACUGGCUCAAAGAUCUUUUUACAAACAACAUUAACAGUUCUGAAAUAAAUAGCAAAGAAGACAAAAAUCAUGUCAACGGCAAUCUUCGAAAGACUGAUUGGCCUACAAUUGAGGAACUCGUCUAUGAAAAACGUUCAGAAAAAACAGAACAGAAUAAUUGUCUGAAACCGAACAUUACGUCUACACUAGCUCUCAUGUCCCCAGAUCUCAGUUCUGCUGAUAGUAAAUCACUUGCUUCUUCUUUUUCAUCGACACCAUCUUCUGAUGAAAAUAAGACUGUUGCAAUGAGUACUGAAGACAGCGAUAGUUCAAAAUCUAGCGAGAAGUUAGCCAAACCGAAUACUUUGAACUUGAAGAGUGAUGCUUCCGGUGCUCCGAUGCCAAGUCCCGAAGAUGCAGAGAAAGGUUGGCGCCCGACCAUCUGCCAGCUUAUGGAACUGACGGACCAGGCUGCUGCUGAUGGGGAAGAAAUGACAACUUCUUUCAUCGAACCUGAUGAGAAUGGCAUCUACACUCCAGACUGGGAGAGUGAUAUUUCUGAAGAACAAUCUUCUUCUAGUGGAGAGUUCGUUUGGAAGGAAGGGGACACAGAAGAUCUGUUAAAAUGUGUCGGCACUGAUACAAACUCUCUGAACGAUGACAUCAUAGGAGGAGCUAUGGAGCGAAUCGAAGAAGAGGAUGAAGAUUGCAGCAGCUGUAAUGGUAGCGAUACCAGUUCUGAAACAAGCAGUGGCACCGAGUUUGUACCUUCAACAUGGAACUCGAUGGCAAUCCCAAUGAAAUCUGCUCUCAAAGUCAAUGCACCACAGAAGAAAAAUGAACAAAAGAGAGUGGUGUUCAAAAAGGAAAAAUACCAAUGUAUCUAUGAGUAUCCUCGAGAGGAGAGCGACAAUGAAGAGGAAGAAUUCAGCCCCGGAAUGUGGCAGACGCCUACACCCGUCUUUGACUAUUCAGUUUUUGCCGAUUGGGAACUUGGAGAUGGAGAAAUAAUAUCUACUCCUAUCGACAGUGUCGAUAGUGAUAGUGAAGAGAGCAAGAAACCUAAGAAGGAGGAAGCUGAAUUUGAUUUUUACAGGCUCGAUUAUAAUCCCGGCCCACAACUAGAAAGGCCGUGGAGCGACAGCUUGCCGGAGGAUGAUACAGAUUUCUCUCCCCUUGCUGCGGACCUCGCUCCUGUACGUCUUGGCGAUCUGCGCCAUACUAAAGCAACGUUGCGCCUUGAGCUGCCUCAGUUGCGACCAGACCAAGGUGAGGCUUCCAUCUUGGACUCUGUCUCAGAUGCGCCACCAUAGCCGACUGGCGACAGUUCCCGUGUUGGCGCGAGGAUCUGCAAUAGAAGAUCUGCCUAUCCAUUGUCCUAUAAUCUUUUGUAUAGCAGCGUACUAUAAUUUUAGAUCUGAUUACGUAAUAAGAAACUGUCUUCUUUGUUGGAAUCUAGUUGGUAACGUAGAACUCUUGUUACUAUUUAGGUAUUUUGACAUUUUUUUUUAUUACUAUGUCAAUAUAGAUUUUAACUUUUCUAAUUAAAGUUGUAAAUGAGUACAGAGAUAAAACUACCACAUUCAUCCAUGUAUAUUUCUGAUGAGAGUGAGGACUUGAUAUUUUUUCAUUGUUCUAAUAAAUUUUUCUAUUCGACGGGUAGGUAUCUAGAUGGAAUAUAGAUAGUGGUUAGCUAAUUAAAAACAGUUUGCUAACGUGUAGUAAGAUUGUUUCAAUUUAGGGAUAUCAGCUUUAUACCAAACAGAAUGAGUUUAUUUAUAUAUGUAUAGAAAGAGAUGUUUAUAUAUAUGUGAUGUAAUUAAGUUUUAGUGUAUGAUUAGUUGAUUUGAUUUAUUUUGUUAUGUUAUCAGCGUGAAACCUCUCAUCUUUAUGUCUACGUAAGUAUGUUGUAAAAAGGGUUGUUUUAGUAAAAAAAAAAAAGAAAAAACAAAAGAAAAAAGUCAACUACGAGAUGCUUUCUUGUAUAUAAAAAAUUCUUAGUUUGAAUUUCCCGCUCUGAUCAGUAGAUAUUAAUAAUGGUUAUUCUUGUAUUUUAUUUCUUAAUUAGGAGUUAGGGUUUGUAUAUUGUUAUAAAAUUCUUUAAUAUUUUUUAAAUGAAAAAUCUAUGUCAAUCGGAAGUAUAGCACCGAUAAGAGAAUAGAGCGGGAAUCAUCCAAGUCAUGGAAAUGGUGAAGUACUAUACAAAUAUUUUGUAUAUUUAAAGUAUGUAUACUCUUUAUUUUUCUUUUAUUUUUUUAUAUAUAUAUUAUAAUUGUUAUGGUUAUUUAUGUAUCUAUAUAUAUAUUGAGAGUGAGAGAGAAAGAUUAGCGCGUGUACAGAACGAUUAAUAAAAAAAAAAAGUCGAUAUCAGUAUUUGGUUAAAAUUUGCGUUUCCUUUAAAUCGUUGAACAGCAAGAUAUGUGAUAUUAAUUCCAGCCCGUCCAGACAUCAAAUAUCAUGAUUCUUAUUAAUAUUAUUUUAAUUUUUUUUUUUGUUUUACAUAAUUUCUAUUUUGAUGUUUUGGAUUAUAUUCAAGAGAGCUCUGUAGUCUUUAUAUGGUUUAUGUAUUAAAGUUUUCUUUAUUUAUUUAUGUUUAAACUUCAUAUUGUUCUUAGUAUUAAAAUUUAUUGUAAUUUUUAUUAGAAUCUCACGUACAUGAAACUAAAGAAUUUUAAUUAUGUUAUUAAAAACAUAUUUACAGGUGAUUUUUCUUUUUCUUUUCUUAAAUCUUAUUUUAUUAAAGUUAGUUAAAAUAUAUUAUAUCUUAAGGCUCAUGAUAUGUUUUUGUAUCUCUUUAUUUUUGUUUAAGAGAUAACAUGUAAUUAGUGGUUUGUAUUUUUUUUUUUAACAAAAAAAGAAAUCUGUUGAACAGUUGUUUUUGUUGUGAAGUAUUUGAUCGAAGAAAUUAGGCUGUGCAUGGACAUUUAUCCGUUUGUAUGAUGAUCGAAGUCACUGAAUUUUCCAGUCAGUAAGUAUAAAUCUCAUUCUUGAUCUAAGUAGUUUGCCAUUUCAUGUUUUUAGUGGGUAAUUCUAAUCAUGGUGUCGAAAAGAAAUGUUUGGAGAAGUAUCCAGUGACAAACUUAGUUUCACAUUUCGAAAAAGUUCCUAUUUUGUCCAAAAUAAAAGUUUUAAAGAGACAGAAUUUAUUUUUAAUAAAUUUUUUAUAAUCUCUGGCUGGAAAAUUUUCAUAUAUAAAGAGGCCGUUUCUUUUAUAGGAUAUGGUUUUUUUAUAGGCCUACAGUACAAUUUUUCACUAUUGCAUACUUUUUUUCUUAGGUUUAGGCUUUUUAUAAUUAUUAUUUUGAUGAAACAUUCUAGUGAUGUUUCAGUUCUUGCAAUUUAUAGCAUGUAUAGACAUUUUUAACCGUGGCUUGUUAACCCUUAUUCUAUUAGUUUCUGUUUUUUAAGGAUAGAUCAGAAAUUAUUUUUCAUACGACAGUGCUUGAUCUUUUAGUUUAGAUUAAAAAAAACAAAAAAACCAACUAAUAUUUCACAUAUAAUACCAAACUUAAUCACAUGUUUUUACUGAUUAAUACUUUUAAAAUCAAUAAUAGACUUGGUAAUAACGCAAUACAUGUUCUAUUUUAAGCGAAUUUUAUGAGUGAUAUAAAAUUUAUUCGAGAGGUAUCUUAGGAAGCAGAAAACAGAAAAUAAUUCAAAAAUGAAUUCUAAAAAUAAGCUCUGAAAUUUUGGUUGCAGAGUAGUAUAAAUUAAUUUUAUCUGAAUUGAUCACUAUGCUUUGUUUUAUUUAUUCUUAAAAGUUUUUGGAAAGAUAUAUAAUUUUCCUUUGUCUUCAGGAAGGUCGAGUUUCUAUAAAACUAUAACAAAAACUUUAAGUAAUUUCUUAGGAUGUGAAUCAACAUUAUAAUAAUAAAUAAUGGAUGGGAAAUUCUGAGAAAGGUUCAAAUUUAUUCUAAAUUUAAUUUUAGCUGUUUCAUGACAAUUUUUAUAAAAUUUUUGCUACUAAUUAUUGUUAAUAAUACAUUAAUAAUUUUAUUAAUGGUAACGAUAUAUUUAAAAACGUUUUAUUUUCAUUGUUAAAAUGUUACAUGCUUUUAAAAAUAUACCUAUGUAAUCAGUUUUAGUACAUCAUUAAUACAUAUUGCAUUUUAAUUACUGGUUCUGUGUGCUUAAAAUAUAUAUCAUAAAAAAUAAAAAAAUCAAUUUUGUUCUUUUGUUUUCUGCUUGCCUAUGUGAUAGGUAAUUUAACUAUUUAUUCAGUAGUUUACGGAUACACGUAUAUACGUACGGUUAUUAAGUGUAUAAGCUUUUUUUUAAAAACUUUUUAUUUAACUCAAAAUUCUCUGUUGUACAUAACUUCUGUUUCCUUAUCAAUCUCUUCAAUUACAGGUUUAUUUAGAUUAAAAUACGGAUUGAUCAAUCAGGAUAUCAGUUAAAAUAUUUUUGAAUUUAGUUUUUUCUAUUUCUCCAUUAAAUAUAUUAAUGAAAAAAUUUACUUUUUAUCAAUCAUAUUAGUUUUUUACCAGUUUAAAUUAUUACUAGUAUACUUGGAAAUAAGGAUGUGUAAUUGAAUGAUAAGAAAAAAAUGAUCUAAAUUAAAAUUAUUAAUCAUGAUAUAGAACGGUCUUUGAGUGGAGUGUAUUUGUUAGAGUUUUUAAAAAUAUCUGCUAGACACAAUGUAUAAUUUGGUUUUGUUCUUUAUUGAUUUGAUUUUAAAUUUUAUUGUAUUAUGCUUUUCUUGGUUUAAUUCUAUUGUUUAGCUAAAAUAUGUUGUGUAUUUUAUUUUUGUUAAUAAAAACUCAAAAAAUUGAUUUAGUGUUGAAAUUUUG